UUUCAGGUGAUUCAAAGUUUGUGUCAGCAACAUACCGGCUGUUCAAAACUAGCAAGAAACCUGACGAAAAAUGCUGCUGCUCUGUUAAAUAUAAAGGUUUGUUAGUUUACAAAUAACAUUUGUGCGUUUCCAGUAAGUUCUGUAGGGCAGCAGAUAGUGAUCGACCUCAGCCGAAUCCCAACACUGAUAGAAACAACACAUUUUAUUACAUCGCUCCCAUGCCCAUGGUGCGAUAAUCUGCGUACUUCUGUACCGGAGGCACACUAAUAUUAAAGAGUAAAGAUAUUACGGCCUAUAUAUUACUUCUCCUUUGUUUCCAGCAAAGUACCACGUAGGUAUGCGGAACUCUUGCUAUCUGCGUACUUACAUUUUGUCUUUUUGACGUUGAUUUUACUCUAUUCCCAUUGAGAUCACUUUUGCCCAAAUUCUGUUGACGACAAUAAUGUAUAUUUUCCUAACUACAGGUUCAAUGAUUGAAAUUCCAGAAACCUUCAAGUUUGAUGAUCAACAUACAUUCGAUGUAAGUGCCAAGUUGUUAUCUUGAAGGAUCUGUGUCAGUGUACGUAGUGGCAAUAUAAAUGAGAAAGCUUCAGAUAUUGAUGGAAAAGAUUAUUUCGCUGGCCUCAGAGCGACAAAACGUAACAAAGCAACGGUUUUACUAACACUAACACUAACCCUAUUCCAAACACCAACUCUAACCCUAACCUUGCCCUAACCUUAACCUAACCCUACUCCAAGUUUGUUUCUAAACCAAUCUUGAAGAAAAAAGUUUUGACGAAAUGUCAUUCUGAGGUCAGCGAAAUAACUUCUUCCCAGAUUGAUAGGGAUGCAACUAAAUGAAAAAUUCAAGGAGAACAUGGACGUUUCAUGCGAAGGCUCUUUGUCAGUUAACUAACUUAUAUAUAACGGAAAAGCCGAUCAAUAUUCAAUAUUGAGGGACUGCAGGAAAUUUUUCAAAAAAUCUAAAAGUGCUCCGACCCACUUCAAACUUUCAGAAUGUUGUCGAAAACCAUUUCUCUCCUCAAAAUAUGAAUAAUUUUCGACUGAUAAAAAAUAGUUUGGAAAAAUUCCAGUCAAAAGCAAAGGGGAAACCAGGUUAAAAAGUGAAAACAAUUUUCUUUUUCUUUUCUCUAGUCUAAUUUUCAAACAGUAAGCUGCGACAUAGUCAAUGUCCUAAAGAAUUCCAGAUAUUCUCAACAUCUUGAGUUUAAAGAUGCGGAGUCAACCUGCACCGCUCCUUGUGCAUCUACGAAUUCCGCUGACCCCUUCGAGCUGGCGAACGCAGGCACCGAAAAACCACCCUGCUGUAAAAAGGCAAAAGCUUGUUGUUAGAGAACUUCACAAACUGUAAGUUAUAUUCUAUGUUUAGUACUCGGUAUAUUCAGAAUUGGAAUUGUUUACCUUAAGGUCCAUACACAUUGGACGCGAUUCGACAACGGGACGCGAUUUUUCGAUUUUCACUGACCGAUAACUUUGAUCCUUGUUAACAUUUUCCAAAUAUUUAGAAGCGCUAUAACAUUUUGAGUUAUUUGGUCUACAUAUCUUUCAAAAUUUCCUCUCAUUGGCUAUUUUAUUAACUUUCAAAAACUAAAAAAUCGCGUCGCGUUGUCGAAUCGCGUCCGGUGUGUCUGGACCUUUAUGCGUGAACGCGUCACAUAAUGCGCAAAAUUAGAGCACAUGCAGAGCUGUGAACCACCCACGGACACUAGAUUUAACUUAUGGUUGUAUUGUUUGAAUAUAAGAAAAAGUUUUAACAAUUUCUGAUAAAUGGCGGAAAUUGGGAAUAUAGGCGGAGAUUCCACUGCGCAUCCAAAUGACGCGUUGUGCGCUGGGAGAAAUUGCAGUUGAACUAUAAAAUGUAGCUGAGACUGCAUGGAUAUGCAUAUCAAAAUAUUCAACUGUUCAAUCACAGUUUCAAUAAUUUUUUUAUUUUCCUUUACACAGAAGACAAAAUGCGCUUGUGCAAGAAAUACUUUAAUGGACAGUUGUACUGUGAAAUACAAUCCAAUGACGUUCAUCCAAUCCACUUAUAACUCAUGGAGCUUUAUCGUUUUUUGCAGAUCUUUCUUAAUUUCAGUUGUGUUGUCGUUUGUGCUUGUAUGAUAUAAUAUUAACCCAUAUCUCAAUUUGUAUUUUUGUUUUUAUUUUAGUAUAUUAAAGUUCUAUAACAUUGAUGGCAAAUUUCAUUGUAUUUCCGGGGCUCUGAGAAACAUUUCCUGGGGGAGCAUGGGGG